AUGAGAUUAGAGAAGAAAGUAGAUGAAAUUGGACAUAUUAGAUAUAAUAAAGAAAAUGAUAUAUGGUACGAUGAUGAUUCUGAAAAAAAAAAAGUACCAGUAAAUAAAAACUUACCUGAUAACUCUGCUAACCCUUCUUCUGAUCUAGCAACUAUCCACCCUGAAACAUAUGAUCAGUUAUUGUCUAAGCUUUCAUUAGCAAUGCGAAAAAUGUAUAAUAGAAGUGAAUUUGAAGCCUUGAAUGAUGCAACAAUUAAUGCUCUCAGAUGGAAAGCUGACAAGCCAUCUGACUUUGAUAUAAAAAGUAACUCUAAACAUAUUACUAAAUCAUUGGGAUGGUUUACAGAUGUGCCAGUCAGUAUAAAGGAUGAGGAUGGUAAAACUGUUACAGCUACUGGAAAUUUUAUACGUAUUGAUAAUAGUGAAUCUGAACCAAUGUUAUGUUUAACUCCAGAAGUCUCACGAAGUAAGGAUGCUAUUACAUCUAAGGAUCUGGUCCAAGUAUUUACUAUCUCAUCUAGCUUGACUACUUUAAAAGCAGGUAAAGUUCUUGUUAAAAGAUGUUCUCAGCUUACUGAGACAAAGAUGGGAGCAUAG